AUGCUGCGAGCCGCGAGCCGUCUCCCCGAGCCGCCGGCGGGGCAUGUGGCCGCCGGGUCCCCGCUCCUGCUGCUGCUACUGCUGUCUUGUUGCGCGGACGACUGCGGAGGUGCUCCAGUAUUGCCUCAAGGAUUACAGCCUGAACAAGAAUUACGGUUGUGGAAUGAGAUAAAUGAUGCUUGUUUGUCUUUGUUAUCCAUGCAUCCACAGCCUCAGGCAUCCAAUGCAUUGGAGGAGAUUUGCCUCACAAUUAUGCGGACUCUACCAAAGCCCCAGGAAACAGAUGAAAAAGAUAACACCAAAAGGUUCUUAUUUCAUUAUUCGAAGACUCGAAAGUUGGGCAAUUCAAAUGUUGUGUCUUCUGUCCUGCAUCCGCUGCUGCAGCUCGUCCCACAACUGCAUGAGAGAAGAAUGAAGAGGUUCAGAUUGGACGAAGAACUCCAAGGUCCUAUUGCAAGCCAAAGUAGAAGAUACUUUUUAUUCAGGCCACGCAAUGGAAGAAGAUCAGAAGGUUACAUUUAA